AUGGGUACGAUUUCCAAGUCUACAAACUCUCUUGCUUUCUUCUUCAAUCAUUAUUCUCAUCUUAGGGUUUCUUUCAAUGCUCAAUUUUUUUAUUAUUAUUGUCGUUGUUUUAGUGCUACUUCUGCCAAAACUACCAAUAGUGGUAGAGAUAUUGUGGAAAGCUCCAGUCAGUUCUUGAAAUCUGUAAGAGAUCGAUGCAGAUCUCGAAGCUUUAGGAAUCUUGACGAUGCCUUAGGCCUGUUUGAUAGAAUGCUUCACAUGCACCCUUUGCCUUCCAUUGUGGAUUUUACUCAAUUGCUGGGUGCAAUUGCAAGAAUGAAGCAUCACUCAACUGUUGUUACUCUAAUUAAAGAAAUGGAACUGUCAGGAAUUGCUCCCGAUGCUCGUACUCUAGGGGUUCUGACUAAUUGCUUCUGCCAUUUGAACCGAGUAGAUUUCAGCUUCUCUGUCUUAGCAAGAAUUUUGAAACUUGGUUUUCAACCAGACUGUAUAAUUCUAACAACUCUUGUCAAGGGGCUCUGUUUUCAGGGUAAAAUUGUUGAAGCUGUGAAGUUUGUUAAGGAAAUGGAGAACAAUGGCUAUAAACCUAAUACAAUUACACCUACGGAACAAUAAUGAAU